GACAGCAACAUGGAUGAAUCCGACCUAUUGAAGGUCUGACUGAGAAUCUACACAUGCAGAAAGAAAAAACACAACUUCUGGGUCAUGUGUGAGCGGAGGCUGGGCGCAAGGGAAGGAUAGAUCAUUACACAUACAUGCACACACACACAUUUUGUGCAAAGUCGUACUUUUGGCCUUCUCUCAAGACUCUCGCUUCCCUUUAUUAGAAUGAUUUGCCAGCUUCUCUGCAAUGACUUUAAUUAGAUGGAAGCCUUAUGAAUGUCUUACACUCUGCCAGCUUUUAAGUCAAUCUACUUUUGCUUGACAAUUUUCCUAUACACACAAGUACUUUUGUUUUUUAUGUCUGCCUGGGCUUUUCAGCUGAGAACUAGCCACAAAUUGAUUGAAAGUAGUUGCUUGUCGCUGUACAUGGGAAAUUGUUACCUGUCAUAUGCAUAGAAAAUCAAUUCAACUAUUGCAUAACUCUUCACGUAAAAUAGCAUUAAAAAAUGGGACAUUUGUAAACAACAACAACAUUACACCCUAAUCAAAACACACCAAUCAAAAGAUUGAUUUUGCUUGUUAACGUAAGCAGCGAGAUGUUUUAAUUCUAUAAGAACAAAAAUAAUAAUAACCCUGCUUUCCAGAUUGACUUGUUUGUCCAGUAUUUUUAUGUUUGGCUUGUUUGUUGCAACUCCGCCUUGGGCCAUAGUGCACUGUACUGGCUAUACACACACACACACACACACACACACACACAUACAUAGGGAAGCAGUGGGAGAUGGAUGAUUUGAUUCCACUCGAAGAGGCAGGUGCCCUGGAGGUCUGCCACAGAGACAGCUCUUUGAAGCUGAUGGAGAGAGAUGGAGGUGGAGGCGGGAGGAGCGCUUGGUCAGAAUACAGGAAAGACAUUUGGGAGCAGAGUAGACAGGAAUGAAAAAAAAAGGAUGGAACGAUAAAUAAGGCGGGGGGGGGGGUGCUUUUUAAUACGCAAGCACUUUCUGUCAAUUUCUUCUGUUUGGUCAAACAACAUGGGACACAUUAGUCACGCAGAGAAGCUCUAUGGGACCGUCUCCUAGUUCUUCGACAAUCUCAUUAGAGCAGCGGAACCUGCUGUGAAAGGCAAUUUACCACAUGAGAGAUACGGACGGGAAGAUACUGGGGCCCGCAUGGGAAAGCUCUCGAGGGACUAUUUUGUUCUGAAUAGCGCUAAUGGUCUUGGCCACUUCAUCAAAUUCUUUCACUCACACUCUUGAAAGUGAGGUAGUGCAGCUUUGAUUAUUUUAUUGAUUUGAAUUAUUGUUCUAUUGUUGACUAUACUACCACAUGCUGCCUCUCUCGCCCAUCUUUUCAAGCCUUAUAUUCAUCAGCUCACAAGUUAGCGCUCCACUACCUCUUGCUUUUCCCCUCCAUCUGUCUCCCUCAUGCCCACCCUUGAUCUCUCUCUCUCUCUAUCUAUCUAUCCAUUCGAACAUCUGCACCUGUUCUCUUGGCUUUCAUCUGGCUUCUUCACCUGGUUGACUCCUGCUGCUACUGUGUCUGGAACUCGCCUCUUCCAAAAGAAUAGAAUGAUUUAACUCAACAUUCACUUUAAUAUUGUUUGAUUUUUAAUUGUUAGCAAUGAUGCGGAGUCUCUUAUUAUUUUUUAUUCUCCUUUCAAUACAUAUUCCAGCCCAUACUGCAUGCAGGAGUCCAAAUAAGAAUUGAUUAAAGUGACACAAGCUGCAGUGACAGCAUUGUAAGAAGGAAAUUAGUGAUGCAUUAGAUUGGUGACUUCCAAUCCAAUGCAUCACUAAUUUCCUAUAAAAAAAUACUAUAUACAUAAGUAUGAAUUAAACUAUGGCACCACUACAUAACUAUGUCAAAAGUGCAUGAUUUAAAGCUGCAGUAAAAGGACUUUCAAGAACUGCAGCGACGACGAGACUAAGCAGCGACCCCCCCCCCUCCUCUCUCUCUCUCUCUCUCUCUCUCUGUCUCUCUCUCUCUCUCUCAUCCACUUCCUCCUCAGCCGCUGGAUGCUGCGUCAGGAGGCGCGAGGCUCCGCCUGGAUGGAGACCGACUGAGCGAGCAGCCACCAGGGCAGGGGAGAAGCGGCCUUGCCUUGGCACGGAGUUCCCAUGGUUCCCGCCUCCUUGCAUCAUCCAAUAGUGUCCCGCCUCUCCGCCGCCGCCGCCGCCGUAACAGUCGUGUGCAACAUGCCCGCUCCCGGAAGCGCCUAGCGAGCGUCCGACUUGGCUGCAGAAGAUGGACGUGAUGGGAGCAGAGCGUCGCAGGCCCACCCCGGCGCAGACGCCCGAGGAGAGGGACGUGUGGAGGGAUGGGGGCAGAGCCGGAUGGAGGGAUGCGGGGAGAGAGGGAGGAUGGAGGGAUGGACGAGAGAGCGGAGUGGUGCAGAGCUACAGUUUUGACUCCUACCAGCUGGAGGAGGAGGAGAUCAGCAAAGACGUUCCGGAGAGAGGCGUCUUGGCGCUGUCUGAGCCCGACUUUGAGGAGCCGAUCCCUGACGACCGUUACCAUGGCAUCUACUUUGCCAUGCUAUUGGCUGGAGUGGGCUUCCUGCUGCCCUACAACAGCUUCAUCACAGACGUCGACUACCUUCACCACAAGUUCAGAGGGACGUCCAUCGUGUUCGACAUGAGUCUGACGUACAUCCUGGUUGCUCUUUUGGCCGUCCUUCUCAACAACGUGCUGGUGGAGAGGCUCAGCAUGCACACCAGAAUCACUGUGGGCUACAUCUUAGCAUUGGGACCCCUGAUGUUUGUCAGCAUAUUUGAUGUCUGGUUGGCAAAGUUCACUACCGGUCAAGCUUAUAUCGCCAACCUGGUCUCAGUGGGAGUAGUUGCCUUUGGAUGUACAGUUCAGCAGUCCAGUUUCUAUGGUUACAUGGGGAUGCUGCCCAAAAGAUACACACAGGGGGUGAUGACCGGAGAGAGCACUGCCGGUGUCAUCAUCUCCUUAUCGCGCAUCUUCACCAAGCUGCUGAUCCCAGACGAGAGGAGGAACACUCUCAUCUUCUUCCUCAUUUCCAUCGGCAUGGAAAUGCUGUGCUUCCUCCUUCACUUGCUGGUGCGCCGCUCCCGCUUCAUCCGUUACUACACCAGCCAAGGCCAGGGCAGGGGUCAGGGAAAGGGUCAUGACCCCCACGGAAACUCCACCGGCUACAGGGUUCAUCACGACGUCACGGCGGAGGAGGUUAAAUUUGGGAACGGCGGAACGGGACCACCCGCAACAGAAGACGGCAAUGAGGACUACGUCGGUGGGACGUACGUGCGAUUUGACGCCCCCAAAAUCAAGAUCAGAAGAACCUGGCCCGGUGUUCGAGACCUGAUUUUGCAUCGUUACGUGGUGUCCCGCGUGAUCUGGGCCUACAUGCUCUCCAUCGCGGUGACCUACAGCAUCACCCUGUGCUUGUUCCCCGGCCUGGAGUCCGAGAUGAGGAACCACACCUUAGGGGAGUGGCUGCCCAUCCUCAUCAUGGCCACCUUCAACAUGUCCGACUUUGUCGGAAAGAUCCUGGCCGCGCUGCCCUACGACUGGUCCGGAGGCCGCCUGCUCUUCUUCUCCUGCCUGAGAGUUGUCUUCAUCCCUCUCUUCAUCAUGUGCGUGUACCCGGCACACGCGCCCACCCUAGCCCACCCCGCCUGGCCGUGUCUCUUCUCACUGCUCAUGGGCGUCACCAACGGCUAUUUUGGUUCCGUGCCUAUGAUUCAGGCCGCUGGCAAAGUGGCGCCGGAACAGAGGGAGCUUGCAGGUAACGUGAUGACGGUCUCCUACAUGACCGGCUUGAUGGUGGGCUCGGUUGUGGCGUACGCGGCUUACAGCUUCACGGCUCCUCCCGGAUCGGGCUUCGCCACGUUCCACUUACAGGCUAACACUACCGGCUUUUGAAUGUCCUCACAUGCUAACCGUGUUUACACGUGGAGAGGGUCGCCUUCUCUGAGUUGAAGGAAAUAACAUUUCAUAUCUUUCCAAUCUCCAGCCAGGAUGAGCGAGUGAAGAGUUCGGGGAAUCUUCAUUGGUCCUCCUUUUGGAGUGUAUCACUGUGAGUGGAUGAAAAAGUGUCUUAAGGGACAUUUUCUCAUCCAAAAUGACAUUCUUAUGUUUUGUUGAAUUUUUCAAGUUGGAGGCUGAGCAACUAUAUAGUCAAGUAAUGUUGAUCUGACUAGCUAACAUCAACCAUAUCCAUUCUUCAUGGAGAAGUAUUGCUCAUCUGUCCCCACCAGCUUCUGCUCAGUCUUCUUUGUCUUGUAUCUUGUGAUAUAUCUAUUUUUUUUUAGCUAAAAUGUCCUCCAUGUGAGUGGAACCUCCAAGAUGGAACAAACCAAGUUGUUCUCACUUUCAAAAAGGUCGGUGACCCCUGUUAUAAAGAAUUAAUGAUGGCGAUAGUUUGAGACUGUAAAAAAUGAAAUCACGGUGUUAUUGAAAAAUUGUUUUGAAAUCGAUCCGCACCGCAGAACAUUCAUGUUCAACUUUGGAGGUUCCCCUGGGUCAAUGUUACAUUAUGAGGGGUAAAACAAUGUGCCAAAAAUAGCUACCUUUUUCCAAGUAAUGUUAUUAACUGAGAAAAGAGGGAAUGUAAAAUCAAAUGUGUCACUGUCAGAACCUUGUAAAUAUAUUUAAGAAUGACAUUUAAAAGAGUGCCGAUGUGCCAGGGCUACUGACAUUUUUCUAGGUAAUUAAUUCUGUAUAACGUAUAAAGAUGUGGAACUUUCUUUGUGUUUCCUACCUAUUGUUGUCUUUUAAAUAAUCGUGUGGAGCAGUGGGACAAAAACAGUUAAGCGUUUCAGAACUGGUUGGCCUUGUUUAGUCCAUUUUAACCAUAUUUGAGCAACGGAAGGAGCAAAACAUGACACCAUUGUUUGCAAAGUUAAUCAAAUAGCUUUUAGUCGACAUAGGAACAUUUCAAAUGAUAUAUUGCUGAAUCCAAAGUUGUCUCCUGUGGCUUUUUCCUUUUCUUUCGUGUUCUGUUAUUCAAGCUGUCUUGGUUCGGUUGUUUUCUUUUGGUGUCGUUUUGAGGGUUUAUGGAAUAUUUGAGUAAUAUUUGGUGGUGGAAAGAUGAAUAGCCGUGCACUUUGUAUGUCAGCUAAGCUCUACAGCUGGCGUUUAUUGAAACUGAGCAUAUA